AAUCAUGGGUUGCCUGAGGCUGCCUGAAGUGUCUGAAGUAAAGUCUGAGUCUGUAUAAGUGUAUUUUGUAUAACUAAGAUAAGUCAUCAUAAGUCUUAUCUUAAGAAGACUGUCACUGAGUAAGCUGUCGAGACUUGUGAAGUAACUUUAACUUAAUUAAGUUAUUUAUCUUAUCUUAUAUGUGACUGACGUUACUUCAAAAAGAAGAUGAUUAACGUCUUACGCGACAUGCAUCUAAUCAUGCAAGUUAACCAAUGAUUUAAAAAUUUUGUCAAGUCACUGGUUUUCCUGGCUGGCUCAGGCAACCAAUUCCAUGCUCUAAUAGCACAAGGGGAAGAAGAAGCAUUUGAAUUACUAAUUUGUCCUAAUAACAUGCAUAUUAUAUGGAAUGAGGAAUCACUUUUUAAAACAUAGGCAUGUCUCAAAGAAGGACACAAAUUGUAGAUUCCACUGACAUUCUAGGCACAGAAGACUUAGGAAAUGAGUUAUAUGGAAUGUAGACUCACUAAUUCCUGAACUGAAAUAGAAGUGGUGUUGCAAUGGUGAAACUGAUUAAAAAUGAAAUGAGCUGUAAACAUUGAAAGAAACUUAGUUCAUUGAAUAGAUACAACAAAAGCUUUGAGGGCUACAGAUGGUAUUGCAGCACAUGCUAGACAAGAAAAAUCGGUACAAUGAACAGGACUAAUAAAAAAGCUGGUAAUGUGUCGGACUCCAAAGCUAACUACUUUCUGUGUGUGAGAGUGACUGAUCCCCAAGUCUUUACAUCAAUAAAAGAGGCCAUUGACUGGAUAUUGGAUAAAGACAAUCAAUAUGAGGAGUUCUGCUAUACACCAGAGAUGUUACAUGUCACAAUUCGUGAAAUCUGUUUAGAAACUGAGGAGGAUAUUCACAGAGCUAGCCAAGCACUUGAAGAAUCUUCAGAUGUUCUCUUAAACAAUUUACCAGUUAGUCAAUUACAGUUUAAGGGUCUGACAACUUUUUUUGAAAAGGUCUUAGUAGCAGAUGUGCAGUAUGAAAAUGACUUUAGGUUGUUUUGUGAAACUGUGACAUCCAAACUCAAAGAUGCUGGGGUUAAUGUAGUUGAAAGGCAUGAAUUUAAACCUCAUAUGACCAUUAUGAAAGUCAACACAAUGAGAGCCAAGAAAGCAAAGGUUGAGAAUAUAAACCCAUGGCUGUACGUAAACCUCAAAAAGACAUACUUUGGUGAGCAGGCUGUCAACUCUGUUCAUUUAUGUCAAAUGGGCUAUGAUCGGAGAGAAGAUGGAUUCUACAAAACUCCAGCAGAGAUUUUCUUCAGAUCUUGAUUCUGCAUAAUUUGAACUUACCAUGCUAAUUUUAGCUAAAACAUAAAUUAAAAAAAAAAGUACAUUUUAUCUGUCAAUUUCUACAAAUUCUGCUCUAACUUUGACCCAAUGUAAAUAUAUAAAUUAUACAAACUGCCUAUUACUACUUUGCAUUUUAGCUGUUUUUUUUACCCAAUGUCUCCUUUUUUCCAGUUAGGAAUUGGGCACAACAUGACCUAAAUUGUGCACAUACGUGAAAAACCCAAAAUACCAAAAAUUAUUCAGUUGGGAAAAAGCAUUCCCGCCUGUCCUAAGCAAAGAGGAAUAACCCUAAAUUUGAAAAUCCUAAAAAGUUAUAAUUUUGAAAAAAUAAUCAAAUUUAAGAUCUAAUACUAAUAAAUAAACAAACAAAUUUAAAAAAUAGAACAAUAUGUUUAGUUUAAAAAAAUUUAUAUUUUUAAUACCAUUAGCAUAUAAAAAAGCUUCAAAAAUACUCAUUUUCUCUAGUGGUCGAUUAUACUCUGGGGCUAUGGGCAUGUUUGUUUGAAAAAUUAUUUAAACAAUAAAAAUUUUCCAGAUUCUACGACCAAAAUUGUAAAUCUCCUCAACGAUUUGUAAUCAGGUUUGCAAUGAAACUAGAAGAUAUCUUUUAUUUAAAAAGUUUAAAGCUAGUAUAUUGAAAAGGGGUUUUUAGAAACAUUCUACAACUGUUUAGGGCAAAAACGAAAAAACGUUCCCGACAGCAGAAGUUAAUGGGUUAACUAAUAAAUCAAUUAAAAAUUUGCACCUAAAAAUCGAAAUUUUUAGGUGUUUAUUUCAUUACAAAUGAAUGAUGUGAAAUGAAAUAAGAAGUUUUAUAUUUUACUUAUAAUACAGACUACUCUUGUGUGACUAUAGGUAUAUGCAGCUCAUGUAAAAUCAUAAGUACCUAUAUUAAUAGAUAACAUUUAUGACUGUACAUACCUCUUAUAUACAAAGACCAUUAGUAAUUUUAAUAUCUAGAACCCAUUAUGAAUCAUAGAUAUGGUCCCAGUCAUAGGUAGGCUAAUAAAGUCAUACACAAUUUUCUUGAGGAAACUGUUUUAACUCACUCACUUUGUUUGUUAAUUGUAUGGAGUGCUACUUACUAUUCAAAGCAUUCUAUUCAAAUUGAGUGCCUAACUUUCUCUUUAAUAUUAAAUCAUCUUUUGUCUUUGUAACACACACUUUAGUUUAACCCCAUCAAAAUUUAUUAUUUAUAUGUAUGACAUGAUUUAGCUUGCUGAUUACUUCAUAUUACAUAUGCUAUUUUUUAAAUAUUUUUUUUUUAUUAUUAUUGAAAAUAAUCUGUUUUUUUUAGCUUAAAAAGUUAGAUGUCACCCUUACCCUAAAUCUAUGACACCACAAAUGUGUUGCAGCUUCAUAAGCUUUGUCAUGUAAAUUAAAUUUUUAUUUAAUGUGAUAGAGACACACACACAAAACUUGCAUGCAGACACACAGGAAUGUACACACACAUUCAUACAAACAGGCACACAUGAUGUAUCAAGGAAUACUUUCAUUAAGAAAAGAAAAAAGAAUUUAAAAAAAAAUAUUUAUGUCUUAUGAUGGCGGUGCCCAACUUGGGGUCCUAUCAAUUUCUAAGAAAUGUGUCAGGAGUUCAGGAGCCCCAUUAAUGCUAAAAUUAACUCCAAUGCUGGCCAGAUAGCACAGUGUCUUGGGCUGGAAA